AUGGCAAACUGUACCAAAGAUGACAGCGUGCUGCAGAAUAGCAUUGUGAUAUUUCAACUGAUCGUCUACAUCCCAGUGUUCUGUUUGGGGAUCCCACUGAACACAAUUGCCUUCUGGGUCUUCUGCUGCAAAAUCAAGAGGUGGACCGAGACCAGGGUGUACAUGAUCAACCUCAUGGUCGCAGACAGUUUCCUGCUCUUCGCCCUGCCAUUCCUGAUAUAUUUUACCAAGUAUGACCAUCCCACAGACAAGCUGUGUUUCACCAUACGGAACAUCUAUAUUACAAACAUGCCUAUGAGCAUCCUUAUCAUCACCCUGAUUGCAAUUGAUCGAUACAUUGCAAUCAAGUUCCCUCUAAAAGCAAAGAUCCUUCGAUCCCCACUGAAAUCAGCUUCUAUUUGUGGGUUUCUAUGGAUAAUGGUGAUGAUUUAUUCCUACUUGCGUCUAAAAUUUCAUGACAGAAAAGAACAAUUCUGCUUUCAGAAACAAUCCAUUCAACCUAGUUACUUAUUGUUAUUCUCCAUUAUCUUUGGGUAUUUUAUUCCCUUAGGGAUUGUGAUUUUUUGCUCAGUACAAGUUAUCAAAUGUCUCAAAAAGAAGAUGGCCACAAACCCUCAUGAGACAAAGUUAAUGGAGAAAGCAGUCCACAUUGUUUCCGUGAAUUUGUGUGUGUUCACCGUAUGUUUUUCACCUUUUCACAUCACACUGCUCUUGCGGUUUGCAGUGGAUGUUGCUGGAGCUUGUCCUCUGGUCUCAGCAGUUAGAGCCUCCAUUCAAAUCUGUGCAUGUUUAGCAAAUUGUAACUGCUGUUUGGAUGCAUUUUGCUAUUACUUUGCAGCCAAGGAAUUUCCAGAAUUUCCUUCUCUGCUCCCCACUUGUAUAUCAAUGAGAUCCAAGAUGCACCAAAGCCAAGAGUCACAGCCACCCACACAUCAAGUUGUGACACAGACAGGGUCUAGUGCACUAUAG